UUGGAGACGCUUGACGAAGCCGGAAGCUCAGAGCAGUGACUCCUCUCGCCUCGCCUGGAAACAAACAUGGCUGCGUGCUGCUCGGUGGUGUGUUGUGCAGAGGAGACAGACUCGGAUAAAGCUGCGAUCGUCCAGUUUUCAAACGGCUGCGUCAGAAAUGCCGACAGACUCGACUUCAGCAUGUACAAAAGCACGGAUGAGAAAAACCCGAGGAGGAAGAACCGGCGGAUGUUGGUGGCCGAAUCAGACAGACUGUCCUACGUUGGAAAUAACUUUGGAGCGGCGUCUUUGAAAUGCAACAACCUUUGCAAAUAUUAUGUGGGAGUGUUGAACAAGCAGACCAUGCAGAUGGAGGUGCACAGCGCUCAGCUCUUCAACAUGCAGCCCGUUAUACCAGGAGAGACAGCCGACACUGCAAAUCCUCAGGACACGACUCAGACCUACAGAGACAAGGUGGACUCUCUGAUUGAGGCGUUUGGCACCAACAAACAGAAGAGAGCUCUGAGCUCCCGCAGGCUGAACCAGGUGGGCAGUGAUGCCCUGCAUGAAGCAGUGGCUAGAGCUGCCAACACUGUGAUCGACCAGAAGGGCUUGGAGGCUCUACAGCAGGAAGUGGCUGAGACCUCCUCCCAGGGAGACAUGGCUCUCCACCUGCCUCCCUGCAACGCAGACGCUGACAAGCCUGAGGACGUCUACUCGUUUGACAGCCUCCUGAGUCCAGCAGAGUUUGAGGCUUUGGAGGAGGCUGGUUCCAAGAUGGCAGCACUCACCUCUGAGGAGCUGCAGAAGAUGAGAGAUGGCGAAGGGCGCUCGUGUGUCGUGAGGCUCCUGGAGCGCAUGCCCGCUGAAGGCGAAGCCCGAGACAAAAAGUCCCGCUGCGCCUUUUACAUUUCUCUGCUCCUCAAACUGCAACGGCAGAGAAGCAUCAACCUCAAGUUCGGGCAGGAAGAAGGCUGUCCUCGCAUCAUUCAGAACAAACUGCUGAGGACGUUCACUGCGGAGACUUUCAAAGACGGCAGAGUCCAGAAUAUGGUGUCUUCAUCAAUGCGUGUCAAAAUAGCAGCGUACUGCCUGGCCCUGAUGCUGCAUAUGGAUCACAUGACGGCUGACCUCACAUUACUGCACCGCGACCUGGGAAUCACAGAGGCCAAGAUGAUUGAAGUAGCAAAAUCAAUGGGACUGACUCUAAACAAACAGCCCCGAGUGAAAGCUGAAGACGCCGCGCUGCGAGACGAUCACAGGGAGGCCUCUCUUGUCCUGCCUCUGGUCAAGUACGAUCAGUUCAUGGAGAGACGGAAACGCAAGAAAAUGCUCUGAAGAAUCUGAAGAAUCGCGGACUCUUAAAGAAUUGUAAAUGCCACAAACAAGAACUGUUUAUUGAAGCAUUUUGUAGACAAAUAAAGUGGUGAGCUUUGAGUUGUA